CCGGCGGCUGCGCAGUUAGGCGCGGGCGGUCACGUGACUUCGGCAUGGCGGCGUUUGCGGACUUGGACCUGCGGGCGGCUUCCGACCUGAAGGCGCUGCGCGGGCUCGUGGAGAAUGCUGCUCGCCUGGGUUAUUCAGUUGUUGCCAUCAAUCAUGUUGUUGAAUUUAAGGAAAAGAAACAGGAAAUUGAAAAACCAGUAGCUGUUUCUGAACUCUUUACAGCGUUGCCAAUUGUACAGGGAAAAUCAAAACCAAUUAAAAUUUUAACUAGACUGACAAUUAUCGUUUCAGAUCCAUCUCACUGCAAUGUUUUGAGAGCAACUUCUUCAAGAGUCCGGCUGUAUGAUAUUGUUGCAGUUUUUCCAAAGACAGAAAAACUUUUUCAUGUUGCUUGUACACAUUUAGAUGUGGAUUUAGUCUGCAUAACUGUAACAGAGAAGCUACCAUUUUACUUCAGAAGACCCCCUAUUAAUGUGGCAAUUGACCGAGGCGUGGGCUUUGAACUUGUCUAUAGCCCCGCUAUCAAAGACUCCACGAUGAGAAGGUACACAAUUUCCAACGCCCUCAAUUUGAUGCAGGUCUGCAAAGGAAAGAAUGUAAUUAUAUCUAGUGCUGCAGAAAGGCCUUUAGAGAUAAGAGGGCCAUACGAUGUGGCAAACUUAGGCUUGUUGUUUGGGAUGUCGGAAAGUGAUGCCAAGGCCGCAGUGUCCACCAACUGCCGAGCGGUGCUUCUGCACGGAGAAACUAGAAAAACUGCUUUUGGAAUUAUUUCCACGAUGAAGAAACCUCGGACAUCAGAGGCAGAUGAUGAUUCUCUUCCAGCCUGCAAGAAGGCCAAGUGUGAGGGCUAAAAUGAGUCUCCCGUCUCUGUCAGCUCUCCUUUCUGCCCUUUGAGAGUCCAUCAGCCACAACAGAAAGGGAACCUCCAUGUGGUUCAGUGUUUUCACUUGGAGCCAGAUAUUAGCAGUCUGUAAAGACAGUCUUCUAUUCAAGCCAUUAAAAUAACAAAAGCUAGUAAAGCAUUAGAGAGAAAACAAAGACUGCCCCCUUAAUGAAUUUAGAUAUAUUUUAGGAGAAAAGCAAAGACUAGUUUAUUUAUCCUUUCUGUUAAGUGAUGCAUGGCAGGUAUAAUUGAAUACGAUGUUUCAAUAUUUCAAGAGACUCAGAAUAUUUCUAUUCAUUUAAAAGCUCAUGCUUUUCAGCUUUACUGGAUAUACAUGGCUUAUUAUUUUUUAAUUUUACUACUCAAGAAGUGGUUAUUUUGAAAACUUAUGUUAAGGG